AAAAGGAUAUUUAUAACAUAAAAUUUGGUUUUAAACCACCAAUUGUAGCAUUUUUCAAAAUUGGUAUCCUACAUGAAUACAAAAUAUAUUAAAUGCAGAAGUAUCAGAAUCUGUUAUUAUGGAAAUAAGAAUCUUUUAGAAUUCUGACAUAUGUAGUUCAAUAUUGUUUUUUUCAGGAAAUAAUACCAUCUGAUUUUCAAUUCUGAGAUAUAGACAUUUUCCUCUUUGUUAAAGAAACAGGAAGUUAGGAUUAUCCUGCUAAGAAAUCAGAGAACCAUGUUAUCACCAAGCCAAUCUGUGGUGUUUAAAAAGAAAACUAUACUAAACACCGUAUGCAAUAAAAACAUGUUUGUAAUAUACUGUGUACCUUAACCACAGGGAAUAAAGAACAAUGUCCAGACCUCAGCUUUUUUCCUGCCAUUAUUUCUUACAGAAAGCCCAGAAUAUGUUUUUUCAAUAUAGUCUCAAUUUCACUUGGAAAUAAUGCCUCACAGAGAGUUAAACAAAGCACAGAAAUACACUUCAACAACAAAAAAAAUCAAAGCUCUGUGACCCAGAAAAUGAUUGAUUUUCCAAAAGUCGUGUAACUAAUGGGUAGUAUAUAAACCCAGAUCAUCCAAAACUAAGUGCCAAAUACCUUCAGAAUUUUCUAAAGAGAGAGAGCCCACUACAGGUAAAGGGGAGUUUGCUGAGUCCUAACACUGGCUUUACUACUAACUUACCAGGACUUUUUCAAGUCAUUAAAUAUCUCUGUGUCUUGGUGUCCUCUACUUCAUGUGGAUAUUUUAAUUAUAAAUACAUAGCAAAUACUUGAACUUUGGCAGAAAGGCACUAUAUGUAUUUCACUGCAUUAAUAAUCUCCCCUGCCCACAAGUGUAAACUGAUGCUAACAUUUUUUCUCUGGUUUUCGUUUCAGGCUUCAAUUAACAUGUUUGUGUCAUGCACACACUAUCUUUCAACAUGGCUGGCGUUCUAAUAAGACUCUUUUCUCCAGCUUUCAAGAUGUAUGAAAAGUAACACAACAUUUUAAAUUUUUAGCAUUACCAAAGCCUUGCCACUCAAAGCUCUGCAGAAAAUUUUAAAAAUUCACAACAAAAUUUUCUACCGCAUUAUUUUCAACCACUACAGAAAUUCAAUUCAAAACUCAUAUACUACUUAGCUACCCCCUGUAAAGCUUGAAUACUACCAGCAGAUUAUAAAAAUGUAUAGUGCUUUUCAAAAAUAUAAAAUAAUAAUUCCAAUUAAAAUUUAAAAUUAGCAUACAUUUUAAUAAAUGAAGGUCACUAGUAUUCCUAAAAUAAUGAAAAUAGGAUGGUGAUCAAUAUUCUAAUAAUUCAAUCAUUUGCAUUGUAUCCUCUAUUUUGUCAAAAGAUAGAAUAUAGCUACUUUAUAUACUCAAGUCUUCAAAAACCUCCAAUUAUUGAAAAUAGAAAAUUAUUUAUAGGUAACCAAAGUUAACAGAAAUCUAAGUUAAUGAAAUAUUUUAAGUUAAUUACAUAUUGUAACAUUGUUUUUAUUCUUUUGACAGCAUAUCUAUCUCAAAAUAACUUAGCUUUAUAAUCUACAAAGACUGUAAAUAGUUUCCCUUUCCUUUACCAACAUAUUUACUCAAUAAUAUUAGCAUAUAGCCACAUAUAAUACUUAGGACAUAGCAAUCCACUAAUAUUUCCCAGGUUAAAAAUAAAAAUAGCCAGUUGAAAUAAAAUAUUAUGGCAAGAUCAGUAUAUAUCCACUGAAUAAAAGGGUUACCAAAGGUGAAGGCAAUAGUAAUGCACAUGAUUAAAUCUUUAUACACUGAGAGUAUAUUAAUAAAAAUGGAAUUUUUAAAAAAUACUGAACACCUGGAAAUAUUCACAAUUUGGAAUACACAGAGGAGGUGAUUUGAAUACAAACACACUACUUGAAAUUCAAUGUGGUUCACAGUAAAGAUGCAGUGGCUUCCAUUUGUACAACAAAGAAUCUCAACCUAAAACAUAUAUAUGACCAAAAUACUCUGAAGCACAAUUAUCCAGGCUUUAAAAAGAAAAUAUAUUCUUACUAUGUGAAUUCUUUCUUGACCCCCAUCUCCCUGUGUUUUUUAAUGUUUCGCAUAAAUGAACAAAACCAGAACAGAAUAGACAUUUUUAAAGGACUAAUUUACUCAUAUUCUAUUUAAGAGCAACAUAAAACCACUUAUAAAUAUAGCCUUUCAAAAAAGUAUUCUUAUGUAAAAACAUUGGGGUAAAAAAACCCUGUUAUACAUAUGAAGCACAGUUGAAGCCCAAUAAAACUGACCAAUCAAAAUUAGUGAAUGCACUGCAUCUCCCUGCAGUAGAGAGCAGCAACAAGGUAGGCUGUCAUUCUGCAAAAGCUGCCCAGAGCAGGCUUUCCUCUGAGAAGCAGUGCCGUUCCUUUUCAGAAAGACAGAAUCUAAAUGUUGUCUCUGGAGACAAGAAGACUUCAGCAUGUUAAAUUACUUUCAUUAUGUAUUGUCAGACGCUUAUUGAUUCCACAGUAGGAAGAGUGAGAGACUGCCGCAGCCUCUAAGCAGCAUUACAUGUUCCAUACAUUAGCAGUACUGCUGAAACAAUGGCACCGUACAGACCUAUUUUCAUUACAGUCUUUUCGAAGAGAUGUUUAUGACUCUCUUCCCCAAGUCCUCUACUAACGAGUGAACAAAAUGAAUCAAUCAAAACUGGAAAUGCUUCAACUACAUCAGGAAUUUAUCAAAUCCUUAGCAGAGAGAGGGCCACAGCAGCUAAUUCAGUACUUACAACUGAAAAUAUGAAGAAUGCAUCUGACCGAGCAUCUCUCUCCCUAGCUGUCUGAACCAUAAACUGCAGGAUAUUCUUGUAACACAUGAUUUUAAGAUACCAAGGAGAUAAAAGCAGGGAAUACAGGUCUACAUUACUGCUGGAAUACAACACAUCGACAGUAAUCAUCUUACAAAGAUGCUGUAUAAAAUAGCCACAAAAAGAAAAACAAUGUAAUUAUAAAAUCCUGAAGACAAAAUGGUGAGCAUUUUUAAAAAGGGAGUUUAUACUUUAACACACCAGAAUUGUGGAGCUACUAAUUCUUAAACGAUGAAACAUGGAUUGCCACAAUAAGAAUGCCAUACAUUACCAGCAAGCUAAAUGAAGCUUUAGCAAGUAUUUUCUGCAUUAAAUAUACAGAUAUUUGUAUUAAUUGAUAUUACUAAAGGAUUGUUCCAUUGGAGUUUUAUGACCAAUUAUAUAUCCUCUUCUAAUGAAAACAAACCGGAUUGAACAGCAGAUGGUUCUUAUCGAAAAACACAGACUGGAUUUGUAAUAUAAAGCAAGUUAUGUGAUCAAGAAAUCAUUCCAAAAUAAUCAAGACUGCUAUGGAGACAGUUUGUAACAAAAGGAUGUCUGAAUACAUUUUAGGAGCUAGAAACCUUAUGUUUCCUUUUUUGUUUUCACAUGUUCUGGAAAAUAGAGAGACACUAUCAUAUAUUCCUUCAAAGGGGAACAUAAUUCUUUUCAUCUGAAGAAGUUUCUCUUGGUCGUGACAUUUUAAGAUAAAACAUAACAUAUUUUGUACUGGUCUUUAGAAAUCCAUCAGCCAACUAAAUCUCACAAUUCAUGCAGUUGAAGUACUGGAGAGAAAAUGAAACAAUUCCUACAAGACUUGAAAUAAAACACAGCUACUUCACUGUUGUCAGGUAAAAUUCAUGUCAAAAUCGGUCAAUGACAUCAUAUUUCAAUUUGUGAAAAACUGCUAUAAUAAGCCAAAAGGCCCAUAAGGCAACAGCAAACAGGGAAAAAAUCCAACUGCUCCAAAAGAAUGUGUUUUUCUCCCCUUCUGGAAAUCAACAUGCAGUCUGAAUCUAACAUUACAGUUCGAGAUGACAUUGAUGACAUCAACACCAAUAUGUACCAACCACUGUUAUACCCAUUAAGCUUUCAAGCAUCUCUCACUGGAUUUCUUAUGUUAGAAAUUGUGUUGGGACUUGGCAGCAACCUCACCGUACUGGUACUUUACUGCAUGAAAUCCAACUUAAUCAACUCUGUCAGUAACAUUAUUACAAUGAAUCUUCAUGUACUUGAUGUAAUAAUUUGUGUGGGAUGUAUUCCUCUAACUAUAGUUAUCCUUCUACUUUCACUGGAAAGUAACACUACUCUCAUCUGCUGUUUCCAUGAGGCCUGUGUAUCUUUUGCAAGUGUCUCAACAGCAAUCAACGUUUUUGCUAUCACUUUGGACAGAUAUGACAUCUCUGUAAAACCUGCAAACCGAAUUCUGACAAUGGGCAGAGCUGUAAUGCUAAUGAUAUCCAUUUGGAUGUUUUCAUUUUUCUCUUUCCUGAUUCCCUUUAUCGAGGUAAAUUUUUUCAGUCUUCAAAGUGGAAAUACAUGGGCAAACAAGACACUUUUGUGUGUCAGCACAAAUGAAUACUACACCGAACUGGGAAUGUAUUACCACCUGCUUGUACAGAUUCCAAUAUUCUUUUUCACUGUCAUAGUAAUGUUAAUCACAUACACCAAAAUAUUGCAGGCUCUUAAUAUUCGAAUAGGUACCAGAUUUUCAACAGGACAGAAGAAGAAAGCAAGAAAAAAAAAGACAAUUUCUCUAACCACACAGCAUGAGACUACAGACAUGUCACAAAGUAGUGGUGGGAAAAAUGUAGUCUUUGGUGUAAGGACUUCAGUCUCUGUAAUAAUAGCUCUCCGACGAGCUGUGAAACGACACCGUGAACGACGAGAAAGGCAAAAAAGAGUCUUCAGAAUGUCUUUAUUGAUUAUUUCUACAUUUCUUCUCUGCUGGACACCAAUUUCUGUUUUAAAUACCACCAUUUUAUGUUUAGGCCCAAGUGACCUUUUAGUAAAAUUAAGGUUGUGUUUUCUAGUCAUGGCUUAUGGAACAACUAUAUUUCACCCUCUUUUAUAUGCAUUCACUAGACAAAAAUUUCAAAAGGUCUUGAAAAGUAAAAUGAAAAAGCGAGUUGUUUCCAUAGUAGAAGCUGAUCCCAUGCCUAAUAAUGCUGUAAUUCACAACUCUUGGAUAGACCCUAAAAGAAACAAAAAAAUUACCUUUGAGGAUAGUGAGAUAAGAGAAAAGUGUUUAGUACCUCAGGUUGUCACCGACUAGGGAGAAGUCUAAGCUUCACCAAAUCCACAUUCAGAAGUUUUAAAUUUAAAUUGUAAAAAGUGAAAUUACUGCCAAAUAUAAGAAAAUAAUAUUUUAAGUAUUGGUUAUGUUACAAAUUUUCGAUGUAAAUGUCAAGAUUAGAUUAAGUCAUAUAUAUACAAUUUCUUCAUAAUUUAAUGUAUUUGUUGCAUGGUAGUUUGUUAAAGUGAUAUUGUGUAUAUUUUGUCAAUAUCAUGUCCAUCAGAAGAUAUUCAUGUAAGUCAUAUUUUCUAAAUAAUAAAUACAUAGCCUUAAAACAGUAUAUAACU